AUGGAGGAACCGACAAACGCCACUACUCCUACCACCAACGAGACAGAGAAUUCCAAGGCCGAGGAGGAGGUCAAAUAUGCCCUUCCGGGGUCGAUAUGCGAUGUUCGAAAUCUUUACCAGACCAAGCCAGACGAGAAUGGAGAAACAUCAUGGACCAAGGACUUGCCGGAAAGCCUGAUCGCCCCGGUCGAAGACGCGGAAUCUGCACAAUAUGCCUUGAUUGUACGUCACACCAAAUGCUACGAUGGACGUAAGAGUCUCUCCAUCCACUCCGUUGUAGUGCAGAGCGAGUCUCUCAAGAAUUUCUUGGGCAAAGUACUAGCGGGCUACCCCGGUGUGACCACAACAUUGGAGCGACUUGAGUUCCAUAGCCCGUUCAGGCCCCUCGUGCACCGCUGGGAGGACCUCAUCAAUGCUCGCGAGGAGCAGGAACUGGACCCAGUGACAAAGGAGCACGUCGAUCUGUUCUAUAAGAUUCUCGAAGAAGAGCUGCGCGAUGUCAUUGCCCGCAAGAAGGAUCUCGUUCGGAACGGCGUGAUCACCCAUAACCUUUUGUGGACCCUCUUCGAGCCUGACGAGUUGGUCAUCAGCGGAGUGGGCGGCUCGAUGCGUGGGUUCUUGUUCGUCUGCGAUAUCAUUGAUUGCCAAACCAAGGCGUGGAUUCCCACUUGCAAAUAUAUCGACUGGGCUGGCGAAAACUUCGGCUACCGCGACGAAUACUUCCGCGUCAACCCUUUCACCGGGACCACUCCCAUCACCGCCUUGCCUGUGUUUCCGCUAAAAUACCACGCCGAUAAGGAAGUAAUCCGGGAUCAGCUCAUGGCUCGGGGAAAGGUAUGGGAGGGAUACAAAGGGUACCAUUACAAGCAGUACGAGGGUACGGCUAUUGGCUUCCUGGAUGACGAGGAAACCCGGAGAUAUCAUGUCAAGAGCCGGGUGAUUAUUGACACGGAGGCGUUCAAUAUUUUCCACCCGCACGUCUCAGUCUACGUCUAUGGCUAUUCAGAGAUGCCCGAGGAACUGAACGAUGAUGAGCGAGUAGUGACAUCCAAUCGCCUGCAUGGAUACUCUCUAAAAGACAAAGAGUGGCUACAGUUCUACCUGGAGAGCUGCACUGACAUCGUCUGGGACUCGCGAGCCUUCGAGUCCCUCGUCCUCCCCCAGGAGCAGCAGGGUCUGAAAGACUUGAUCCUGGCUUUUGCCAACACCCAAUCCAAGCAUCUGGACAGUUUCGACGACGUCGUCCAGGGUAAAGGCCGCGGUAUCAUCAUGCAGCUCAGUGGACCCCCAGGCGUGGGGAAGACCCUGACAGCAGAGAGUGUCGCCGAGGUCAUGCAGGUUCCACUAUACGCCAUGAGUGCAGGGGAUCUUGGUAGCACCGCGAGCAGUGUUGAAGACAGCCUCAAGGAUAUUCUACGCAUGAUCCCGAAAUGGGGUGCCGUUCUGCUUCUAGACGAGGCAGACGUGUUCAUGGAGGCUCGGUCGGCGACGGAUCUGCAGCGUAACGAGCUGGUGUCGAUAUUCUUGCGAAUGCUGGAAUACUACGAGGGCAUCCUGUUCCUCACCACAAACCGUGCCGAGCACAUCGACCCCGCAUUCGAAUCCCGAAUUCAUGUCUCACUCGCCUACAAGGACCUCGAUGCCUCCUCUCGACGUCAUAUCUGGACCCAAUUCCUGGGUCGUUCUGCAAAUACGGCGCCUUUCACGGAUGAGCAGCUGGAUAAGCUGGCUCGGGUCCCGCUUAACGGCCGGCAGAUUAAGAACAUGAUCAAGACGGCCAGUCUGUUGGCCUGGUCUCAGACGACGGAUCUGAACUUUGAACAUGUCCAGGUGGUCUUGAAUCUUAGGACGAGCAACGCGCUGAAGAUGACUUGA